CUUCUUCCUUUCUUUUUUUCUUUUUCUUUCUUCCUCUUCUUUCUUCCUCUUCUUCCUCUAUAUCUGCUAGCCCGUGGGCUGGGUUCCUUGAACCCAGCUCCACUUUUUUGCAUUUUUUUUUUGGUUAUAUUUUGGUUUGCUCAAAGACAUUAUAUGUUUGUUAUAUGUUCAAAAUGGAAAUGGAAAGAACAAAAGCAGUUGGGCAAAGAAGCUUAUUGUGUUUUCAUUUGUUUGGCUGGAAAAUGGUAUAGUUUGGGUGUUUGGAUGCCGAGAAAAUGCUUUGAAUUUGGGUGUUUGGAUGCCGAGAAAAUGCUUUGAAUUUGGGUGUUUGGAUGCCGAGAAAAUGUUUUGAAUUUGGGUGUUUGGAUGCAAAGAAAAUGCUUUGAAUUUGUUUGAUUGGCAAGAUUGGGUAAUAUGAAAUAUCAAAAUGUUUGUCCAUAUCAUCACUUUGCUCUCCACAUCAUCAAAAAAUAUAUAAAAAAUGCCACAUAAGCAAAGUUAACGGCCCAAAUUAACAGAAGGACUAACGGAGUGCAUUUCGUGAAGUUGAGGGAUCAAAAAAGUGCAAAAAAUUGUUGAGGGACCAAAAAUGUUCAUUUCUUAAAGUUGAGGGACCAAAUUAAGCAUUUAACCUUAA